AACCUCAUUCACAAGUAUCUGCCACAUUCAUUCCUAUACUACGUGAUUCCGCAUCUUCACUUUUCUACAACAAAAUAAAGCAAUUCAAGUUUUUUCAUGAUGCCAAGUGUUAAACCAAAUCCAUCGGACAAAGACUCAGAGCCAUUCGUCGAAACCGAUCCAACCGGACGAUAUGGCCGAUACAACGAACUCCUAGGAUCAGGUGCCUGUAAGAAAGUAUACAGGGCAUUUGAUCAAGAAGAAGGAAUAGAAGUAGCUUGGAACCAAGUUAAGCUUAGAAACUUCAGCAAUGAUCCUGCAAUGAUUGAUAGACUUUACUCUGAAGUGAGGUUGCUUAGAAGCAUGACAAACAAAAACAUCAUUGCUCUUUAUAAUUUUUGGAGAGAUCAAGAUCAUAAUACAUUGAAUUUCAUCACUGAGGUUUGUACAAGUGGGAAUUUGAGAGAGUAUAGGAAGAAACAUAAACAUGUUUCUGUUAAAGCUUUGAAGAAGUGGUCUAAGCAAAUUUUGGAAGGGUUGAAUUAUUUGCAUCUUCAUGAUCCUUGUAUCAUUCAUAGAGAUCUCAAUUGCAGUAAUGUUUUUGUCAAUGGAAAUACUGGCCAGGUCAAGAUUGGUGACUUAGGUUUGGCUGCAAUUGUUGGAAAGAACCAUUCAGCGCAUUCGGUUCUAGGGACACCGGAAUUUAUGGCACCAGAAUUAUAUGAAGAAAAUUACACUGAAAUGGUGGACAUAUACUCAUUUGGAAUGUUAGUAUUAGAGAUGGUGACACUAGAGAUUCCUUAUAGUGAAUGUGACAAUGUUGCAAAAAUAUACAAAAAGGUAUCUUCAGGUAUGAGGCCUCAAUCCUUGAACAAAGUUAAAGAUGCUGAAGUGAAGGCUUUCAUUGAAAAAUGUCUUGCUCAACCAAGGGCUAGACCUUCUGCUCAAGAAUUGCUAAAGGAUCCUUUCUUUGGUGUUUUAGAUGAUGAUGAAAAUGAUGAUGACAAUUACUCAAUUAAUUUGUAAUUAAAAUUUGUCUUUAUCUGUUAUAUCAUAUGUUGAUACAUGUUAGUUUCUUUAAAUUGACUUACACUACUUUUAGACUCUAGUUGUAAGUCAAUUUAGGGUAGGAUUUGAUGACUAUGAUAUGUUAGAUUAUGAUAAAAAGGAAAUUGUUGAUUAUUAAGUUAUUGUAUUGUGUGACUAGAAAUUGUCAAUUGUAUUUUUUUGAAUUGGCAAGUUUUAUUAAGUAAUACUCCAUAA